AUGAUAGAGGAGACAGAGAGACAAGUAGUCUUAGCACCAGCAAUCCGAACCUUCAGUGAAGUGGUUAAAGGAGGUUUAAAUCCGGUUAAGGAAUCAGAAAUAGAAGAUGAUGAGUUCUCCUCACCUAAAGAAGAAGGGGAUAGCUUGGAGGAAGAUGAAGAGAAACCUGAAAAAGGUCACAACCGAAGAACACUGGAGAAGAGCCAGCAGCCGGAUAUCAGAGUGAAAAAAGUGGAUGGAAUUGUUAAUUUCAUCCUCAAUGAAGCUGCUUUGAAGGCAUUAAGACACCCCUGGUGGGAUACUUUAAUCGUGAAAUUAUUAGGGAGAAAAAUCUCAUUACCGGUCCUUAGUAGAAGAUUGGAAAUAAUGUGGGAAAAGCAAAGAAGUAUUGAGGUUAUUAACAUAGCCAUUAGGCCAUGGAAACCAAACUUCAACCCAAUCGAAGCCACAGUAGAUACUAUCGCAACAUGGGUGCGACUACUCGGUCUGGCGAUUGAAUAUUAUGAUGAAGAGAUACUCAAGAAGAUUGGAAAUGUGAUUGGUCAAACUAUGAAAGUGGAUGUGAAUACAGCAGAUAAAUCAAGGAGAAAAUUUGCGAGAAUAUGUGUGCAACUGGAUCUCACAACUCCCUUGGUGGCGCAAUGCUCAAUUAAUGGAGUGAAGUAUGGAGUGGAAUAUGAAGGGUUAUACAACAUUUGCUUUGCCUGUGGUAUGGUGGGACAUGAGCAAAAUAACUGUCCAAAAAAAAUCACAACUGAAGUAACCCGAAAAGGUCCACAGCAAGCGGCCAUGGAGGAGGGGACGAGAGCAAAAAAGUCAAGAAGUGAAAACGAUGGACAGGACAAGGGCAAUACUGAAAUGGCACAAAAGAAAAGGGUAAAAAUAUAA